AAUGUUUAAAAGUUCAAAGCAGCAAAAUCAAACAAAAAUGAAGCACGAGCAAUAGAGAUACUGCAGUAUCCAUUCUGGUGUAUGUCUAUGUAUGUCUAGCACAGUCUUUUCUCAGAUAAAUUCUUAAGGUCACUUUCAGGUCUAAGUUUCUGUGGCUACAAAUAGCAUUUUUGGCAAGUUUGGUUUCAGUUUGGCCGUUAUUCAACUCCUAGAUUCCAUGCAGGGCCUGAGAAGCCCAAAGAAAUAAAAGAUAACCCAGUCCACUGGACCCUAUGAUUCCUCACUUCUGAGCAUUACCGGACCUUAGACCCAGCCGGCCUCUCACGCAGUGGAUCUCCUAGCAUUAACCCAAGACCGGUUCUCUGCAUUCAAAGUCGCCUGCUCAGCCAGAACGGGUCUGCAGGCAUGGCCAAUUCAGGAGUGAGCCUCAGUGCUGCAGGAAGAGGAAUGGAGGAUGAACAGGAGCCGCCCUUACAGCCUCAGACUCAGAUGUACUUUUGGCAAGCGUCCCAUUGAAAUGACUGCACAUCUUCCCCUCAGCGCGCAUGCUCUUCCUCCUGCGCCGCUACCGCGGCCACUGCCCCCAUGGGGCAAAGCCGGACUGCACAGGCUCCUCUUCCUCAGAAUGCUGGAGAAAUGUAUACAUGCUAGAUGCCGUCCUGCGAUCUGGAAAGAUUCCAAGCAGGGUCCUGUUUCUGACUAUCUGUGCAGCUGGCAUUGGAGGGACUUUUCAAUUUGGCUACAACCUUUCCAUCGUCAAUGCCCCGAUAUUGCACAUUCAGGAAUUCACCAAUGAGACAUGGUGGGCCCGGACUGGCUGGCCGCUGCCCGACCACCUGGUUCUGUUUGUGUGGUCCCUCAUCGUGUCUCUAUAUCCCCUGGGGGGCCUCUUUGGAGCGCUGCUUGCAGGUCCUCUGGCCAUCAGGCUGGGAAGGAAGAAGUCCCUCCUGGUGAACAACACAUUGGUGGUAGCCGCAGCGAUCCUGUUUGGCUUCAGCCGCAGAGCAGGCUCCUUUGAGAUGAUCAUGCUAGGACGGCUGCUCACAGGCAUCAGUGCAGGUGUGAGCAUGAACAUCCAGCCCAUGUACCUGGGAGAAAGUGCACCCAAGGAGCUCCGAGGAGCCGUGGCCAUGACCUCAGCUGUCUUCGCUGCCCUGGGGAUCAUGAUGGGUCAGGUGGUCGGACUAAGGGAGCUCCUGGGCAGCCCACAGGCCUGGCCUCUGCUGCUGGCCAGCUGCCUGGUGCCCGGGGUGCUCCAGCUGACCUCCCUGCCCCUGCUCCCUGAGAGCCCGCGCUACCUCCUCAUUGACCGCGGAGACACUGAGACCUGCCUGGUAGCACUGCAGCGGUUGCGGGGCACCGCAGAUGUAGUGGCGGAGCUGGCGGAGCUGGAGGAGGAACGCGCUGCCUGCCAGGGCCUUCGCGCUAGGCGCCCCUGGGAGCUGUUCCAGGAUGGCGCCCUGCGGAGGCAGGUGAUGAGCCUGGUGGUACUGAGCAGUGCCAUGCAACUCUGCGGGAACGACUCGUUGUACGCCUAUGCCUCCUCCGUGUUCCUGGAGGCGGGAGUUCCCCAGGAGAAGGUCCAGUACGCCAUCAUCGGGACCGGGUGCUGUGAGCUGCUCACCUUAUUUGUCAGUUGUGUGAUCAUUGAGAGAGUGGGCAGGCGGGUGCUGCUCAUGGGGGGAUACUGCCUGAUGACCUGCUGGGGGAGUGUCUUCACAGUGGCACUGUGCCUGCAGAGCUUCUUGCCCUGGAUUCCCUACCUGGCCAUGUCCUGUAUCUUUGCUUUCAUCCUUAGCUUUGGCAUCGGCCCUGCCGGAGUGACAGGGAUCCUGGCCACGGAGCUGUUUGACCAGACGGCCCGGCCUGCUGCCUACAUGGUCUAUGGGGCACUCAUGUGGACCAUGCUCUUCCUGGUGGGGCUGGGGUUCCCCUUCAUCCUGAAGAAAUUGUCACACUUCUUCUAUGUGCCUUUCCUCGGCGUCUGUGUCUGUGGGGCACUCUACACUGGCUUCUUCCUCCCUGAGACCAAAGGCAAGACCUUCCUGGAGAUCUCCAAGGAAUUGCACAGACUCAACUUUCCCAGACGAAGCCAGGGCCCCACAUGGAGGGGCCCGGAGAUCAUCAGGUCCACAGAGCUAUAGCUCCACAGGUGCGGCUGGGGCCCAGUUCCAGCUGCUGCUCUUCCCUUUGCUUCCUCUUCAUUCACUGGUGCCUGCAUUUGUUCUUUUAAUGAGUGUUUGUUAAAUGAGCACCUACUGUGUGUAGGCAUGGUGCCAGGUGCUUAGCAAUAGUCUUGAGCCAGAGAGAUGGAAUCCGGGACCGUUUGGUGCUCCCCAGCUAGAGGCAGUUAACAGGAAACCAAUAAGAACUAACUACAAACUUGGAGAAAUGCAGUGGAAGAAAAAAUACAGGUUGCGAAGGGUGUGUAUCCUGGGGGGAAUGACCCAGUUUGAUGGGGGCGUGGUCAGAAAAGGACUUUCUGAGGAAUUGAUUUUUAAAGAUCAACUUUAUUGAGGUACGAUUUACAUACAAUAAAACGUAUCCAUAUUAAGUAUACAUUUGGUGAGUUUUGAUAGAUUCCACCCUUGAUACCACCAAACCACCACAAUCAAGGUAGAACAUUCUUCCUUAUGCCAAAAAUCUUCCCAAAAUCUUCCUCAUGCCCCUUUGUGAUGAAUAACCCACCCCCAUCCCCAGCCCCAAGCAACCACUGACCUGCUUUCUGUCACUAUAGGCCAGAUUUGCCUUAUUUUAAGAAUUUGAUAUAAUUCUUAUGUAUUUAUGUCUGGCUUUGUUCCAGAUAAAUUUUUUCGAGACUCAUGCAUGUUGUCACAUAUAUUAGUAUAUACUCCUUUGUAUUCCCAAGUAGUAUUUCGCUAUAUGGAUAUACCAUAAUUUCUUUAUCCAUUCACCUAUUGGACAUUUGGGCUGUUUCUUAUUCUUGGCCAUCAUGAAUAAAACUGCUAUGAACAUUUCUGCAUAGGUUGCUGUGUAGACAUAUGUUUUCAUUUCUUUUGGGUAAAUGAAUUGCUGAGUUUAAUAAUGAAGGUAUGCUUAGCUAUAGAAGAAACUUUUCCAAAGUGAU